UCUGACAGCGCCGCGCUCGCAGGUCCCUUCCCUGCAGCUCCGGCCAGGAUUUCCCUGCUUCCCCACCACCACCACCUCUUCCCUUCCACCUUCCUCCUUCACUUCGGAUCCAGGAUUAGCUGGCCUAUGGAGGGACGGUUUGAGCCGAAUUCUUGAAACACACCUAAGAGCAGCUUUCUCCCCCUGGAUCAGACUGCUUCAUCCAUGGAGCCCCGGGUUCCCCACAACAUCACCGUUGUGCCCAGCUCCACGAUGGUCCAGCCCUUGCUGGACAGUCGGAUCCCCUACGGGCGGCUGCAGCACCCCCUGCCCAUCGACCAGAUGAAGACAACUCACAUGGAGAAUGACUACACCGACAACCCCACCGCCUCCCAGCUGGCGGCUCAGAAGCAUCCCCGAGCCCCCCACGAACUGCCUUUGACCAACCAGCACGUCCAGCGCUGUGAGCAGGAUGUCACCCACCCCUGGAUUUCCUUCAGUGGACGCCCCAGCUCCAUCAGCAGCAGCAGCAGCACGUCUUCAGACCAAAGGCUCUUGGACCACAUGGCCCCAGCGCCCGUGGCGGAGCAGUCCUCCCCCAGAGCGGUCCGCAUCCAGCCCAAGGUGAUCAACUGCAAGCCCCUGGACCUGAAGGAACCUGUGUCUCAGGAACUGGACAAGCACUUUCUGCUGUGUGAAGCCUGUGGGAAGUGCAAGUGCAAGGAGUGUGCGUUGCCCAGGACUCUCCCUUCCUGCUGGGUGUGCAACCAAGGGUGCCUCUGCUCGGCACAGAACCUGGUCAACUACUCCACCUGCAUGUGUCUCGUCAAGGGCAUCUUCUACCACUGCACCAAUGAGGACGAUGAGGGCACCUGUGCUGACCACCCCUGCUCCUGCUCCCACUCAAACUGCUGUGCCCGCUGGUCCUUCAUGAGCGCCCUCUCCCUGGUGCUCCCCUGCUUGCUCUGCUACCUGCCAGCCACCGGCUGCGUCAAGCUGUCCCAGAGAUGCUACGACCAAGUGAGCCGGCCUGGAUGCAGAUGCAAAAACACAAACAGUGUCAUCUGCAAGGCGCUGCCAGAGAGCAAAGGGAGCAGGUCAGAAAAGCCCUUUUGAUGGUUUGGGAGGCUGGGGAGCAGAAGGACACUCCAGGGAAGGGGGUGACGCUGGCUCUUUUUAACAUAACCUGUGGUCUGAGGGUGGCGGUUGGCCCUCAGGGGAAGCAGAAGCAACUCUUUCCACAAACCGAAGCACUUUGGGUUAUUCAGGGGUUUGGGACUGGUCAGAAUUUCAAGAGAAGGGGCCAAAGAGGAAUCUUAACCUAGAGUGAAGGCUGCACACCUACGAAUGGCAUGGGGUACAGCUGCCUCACACCUCCCGCUCACCACAGGAACCAGGAGCUGCUGGCUUGGCAGGCACAGCUGCACAAUACCCAUUCCCAGAUGCAAACCGCUGCUUUGGAGUCACAUUCAGGGUGGCCUUCUUGGUUUUGCUUUCCUUCCAAACCCUGAUUUGCUACCAGCAGCCUGUUGAAGGUGAUGGGUUAACUUCUUCCACCCUCCUCCCCUGCCUGAUCACCCUCAGAAGGUCCAGCUGCACAUGAAGUACAUGUUUCUCAAAAGCUUUCUGUGUCCCUCGAAGAUUUUGAGCCAGAAGUGAAGCUGCAGGUCAUUUGUUGAAGGGUCUUUUACCAUUUAGACACGUUGCUUUCCUUGAACUCCCUUGGCCACAUGGAUUUGGACCUUCUUCAAGCAAGAUGGUAUCAAGCUGGUUCCUCCCCAGGAAGAAGAGUAGCAGCAUGUGUUGGAUCAGUGGUACCAACAUGGUGGCGUUCUGCCUGCAAAGCUGAUCCAUAGCAUCAGGUUUCACUCAAUGGAAUAUUCAUUUCACAUCCACCUGCUCUUGGGCAAAUCCCAUUCCCCAAGGCAUGUGCUGGAGCAAAGGGGAUCGUUUCCACACCACGAUGUGAAGAUGUUCAGUGUUUGUUUCUCUCAACCUCUUAAGCUCUGUUCAGGAGUCACAAACCCCAAAUGCACGACACACCUAGGUGUAUUUUUGUAGGGAUACCCAACCCAGUACCUCCUCUCCUGGAACAAGCUCUCCUUUGCUCAUUAAAUAUUCAGAUUGUUAGGGUGUUUCUGGUUUGGGGGAUGAAUGACAUUUGCUGGAAGUACAGCCCAUUCCCCGACCUCUAUUGCUGCUGGUCAACCUUUGCCUCCUCUGUACAGAAGUGUCUUGUUCAGGUGUAGAGAAUGCUGUUCGUGUUUAUGUCAGUGUUAACAGACACCAGGGGAAGCCAGGGGAGGACAGAGAGCUUGUUUAAAGAAGGUGCCCAAGGUUGGGAGCAAGAGAAUCUCGCUGGCUUUGCCCAUGUGCUCAUCUUAGGGCUGGGUCUGCAUUGCCUCAGGAUGCAGCAACCCUUUAGGAUGCAGCAACCCCUUUCUCUUGACAACUACAAGGUGCUAAACACAAACCUUUGCCCAAACAUGCAACACUAAUCAGCAGGUAGGUACUUGCUGCGUGCAGACAACUGAGCUAGGCUCUUCUCCUGGUUUUUUUCCUUCCUUUUCAUGUUUUUUUUGUUCUAAUGAGAGGAAUUUUCCUCAGUCAGUGCACAGCAGUGACAGUGAAAUGUCAUCUCUAAUUAGACAAGCAAUAGGCAGAGCUCAUGUAGCAUUUCCAGGAAGCCCAUUUAGCUUGGCUGCAGUGCAGUUGCUGCAUGGAAGGAUGGGCAGGGGCAACAUGAAGGGACUCCUGGUGUCUCUUUGCUUUCAGAAUUCACUUAACCUGCAUGGCUUGGGGGUUGGUUAGGCUUAGAGAUAUUCAUUGAACAAGGAAUUAAAAAGAAGAAACCAACCAAACAACCCCCCCACCAACUUUCUCUGUGUAGAACUUCUGCUGGCUUGAACAUGAUACAUCAGAGGAAAAGGGAUACUACAUCUGUCACCACAUCCCAGGUCCUGAGUUUAUCCUUUCACUGACUGCAUGGGGACACAGAAUCCCAGAACAUCAUGUUGGAAGGGACCUCAAGAAUCAUCUGGUCCAACCUUUCUAGGUGAUAGUGUAGUUGAAAUGAGCUGGGCCAGCACCCUGUCAAGCUGAGUCUUAAAACUGUGCAGUGUAGGGGAAUCCCCUGCCUCUCUUGGGAGAUGAUUCCAGUGGCACCAGAGAGAAGGCAGCUAGUGGGGAUCCAGAGCUAUAUUUCUUGUCUUGCACAAAUUGGAGGGGAAAAGGUAAAAGGAAACCCAAGCCCAAGCUGGCUGAAUUGUUGGUUGAACGUAUAAGGUAUUCUAUUUAAUAAGAAAACUCAUUCUCCUGAGAUGCAAACAGGCUAGAAAACAGCAGGAGAAGGAUCAGCCUGCUGCCCUCCUCUCUUAGGACCAUACCUAUCCAAAUGGCCUCCACUUCUGGUUGUUUUGCCUCUUUGACCCUCUGUCCCUGGCUGUUCCUGGGGGAAUUUGAGCUGAGAAGCUGCAAGAGCGAAGUCCCCCAGGCAGCACUGAUGCAUGGUCCUUGCCAGCAAACGCACCACUGGAGUGGUCACCACCAUGCCAAUCUACACUCAUAUAUAUACACCCAGCAAGCCCCUAGGGGUUUGCUUUCACUGUACAUAGCUGUAAACUAUUUCUCUGUUGGAUUCUUUUCAUAUCUAAGUCCUGCAGUGGUGUAAGGUGACCCCCACGUGGGCUGUGAAGCGUUAGUAGAUGUGUUAGAGCAGUGCUAAAUGUAGCAGAGCAACCUUCCCUCUUCUUGGUCUCCUCAUGUAGUAGGACUCUGCUCCAUCAGCUCCUGGCCCAAGGCAUGGCCAGAAAGUGUCAAGCACUUUGCAGAGCACUUGGAAUGGUUCAGGGUCAGCUGAAAGCAGGGCUCUGCUGUCAGUGCUGGCUGUGGGGCUGGCAGAGGGUACGAUCCAGUCAAUGGUUUUAUUCUACUCUCUUCCCCUCCCCCUCCAUUCCCUUAUUCCAACACCUCUCUUCCCCCAUCCCAACAUCUCCAUUCUCCCAUCCCAACACCUUUAUUCCUUCAUCCCCUUUCAAGGUACUUGGGCCUCCUGCCACCCCUGAGACAUCCAUGGGCACGGUGCUGUGUCACCCCAGCCCUGGCCGUCCUCCCUCUAGGCCAGGUGCCCUGUUGCAGAUUGAGGUCCAGCUGCUGAUCAGCACAACCUUUGGGCACAACAUUUGCCAUGCUGGGGUGGGACCACAAAGGCAAGAGCAUUUUUCCCCAGGGUGGGCACUGUGCCAGCACAGAGCAGCUCUGAGGAAGAGCAAGAGCUUUGCCACCCUGAAAUACUAAUGGCUGUAGCAGGCUCAUUGCUGGGCUUCACCCUCUGCCCACAUAGCAAGAAGGGGUGACUUUAUGGGGCACUGACCAUGCCACAUCACUGGCUUGAGUGGCUUCACCAGACAAAUCACCACUGAACCCUCCACCCCAGUGGGUACAUGGAGUAGCUAGUAAAUCCACACCAUUGCUCCCCAGCUUUCCCACCUGGAUGAGCCCUCACAGCACUGGGUAUUCCCCCUCCCACACUUGGACACGCUGAGAAAGGUUUCCCCCCCUCCACACUUCUGUUACCACCCCACCACAUCUACACCCUGAGAAGUUGCUA